AGUUCGAGCAAAGCCUUGCAUGAGUGUGUGAAGUUGAGGGUUAAGGGUAAAAGAGGCUAGCCAUGGGAGUUUUGAGCGCGAGCAGUACAGUAGAGCACAAGCGUCCAUAUCUGAGAGGUGUUAAGGUGCUGGUGGAUGGUGGUAUGGAUAUCGUCCCGGAUAUUUAUAUCCAGCCCGAGCACCAGCGCUUGUGCAAGUCCAAAGUUUGCCCCGACACACAAGACAUUCCAGUGAUCGACCUCCGGGAACUCAGCAACAGUGGCAACAGGCCCAAGGCCAUCGCGGCUAUCGGACAAGCCUGCCAAAAGUGGGGAUUUUUCCAGGUGACAAAUCACGGAGUCCCGGUGGCGACGACGGAGAAGAUGAAAGAAGUGGCCUAUGAGUUCUUUGAAUUGCCGGUGGAGGAGAAGAUGGCGUAUCACGCCACCAGCAUGUCUUCCAAGAUGACAAUGUACGGGACGAGCUUCAAUCCUUACGAGGACAAAACCUUCGACUGGCGCGACUACCUCCGCCACUCCUGCAAUCCUCUCUCGGAAGAAAACGUCUCGUCGUGGCCGGCGAAUCCUCCCUCCUACAGGCAAGCCACUCACUCCACCCACACUUUCCUCCGUUUUGCUUCUCUCCAUUUCUACAAAAGCUCCAAGGCUUACUCUGUUUCUGUCUGCACAUCCAGGGAAACUGCAGUUAACUACAGCGAGGCAGUGGGCUCUCUCUGCAAGUCACUAUUGCGGGCUCUCUCGGAAAGCCUCGGCCUCUCUCCCGAGUUCCUGGACGCGGCAUUCGGCACACCAAACGAGCGCUUCCUCCUGCUCAAUUACUAUCCGCCUUGUCCCGACCCGGCGCUGGCUCUCGGCCUGAGCAGCCAUUCCGACGUGGGAGGGAUCACAAUUCUGCUCCAGGACGCAACCUCGGGCCUCCAAGUGCUCAACGACGGUCAAUGGAUUCCUGUCAAGCCACUCCCCGGUGCCUUCGUUGUAAACGUGGGAGACCAGCUACAGGUUUUGAGCAACGGGAAGUACAAGAGCGUCGAGCACCGGGUGGUGCUCAACUCGGAGUGCCCCAGGCUUUCCAUCGCGCUCUUCUACAACCCGUCCUUCAACACGGUGGUGUCGCCGGUGGAGGAGCUGCUGGACGAGAGCCACCCUCCACUCUACAAGGAGUUUACCUUCUCCGACUAUAAGAAGCGCUUCUACGCCAAGCUCGACGGCAAGGCGUGCAUCCGCAGCGUCCAGACGACCGUGGAAGCCAGCAGCUAAAAACUUCUCUCGAGCUUUCCUUUUGUUUCGCCAUAGCUCGCUCGAUAUAGACGAAUCUUAACAGGAAACUCACCGACCAACAGGAUCAACAGGUAUAUAUAGGUAGCCAAUGGCACACAAGCACAAAAAAAAAAAUACUAGUAUACCCGGAAAAGGUUGGAAAAAGCUAGUUUUUAAUUUCUGCCGUAAAAGAAAAGCCUAGCAUAUCA